AUGAAGGCUAACCAGUUGAACAAUGGAAACCCUCCGGAACUUCCUAAACAUAUCAUCGUCUAUAUUCUUGCUAAAGUCCCAUCAGAAGUUCUUUACAAUACGUUGAGGUUCGUAUGUAAAGAAUGGCAUAGAUUGAUCAGUAGCAGCGAGUUCACCUACGAGAAUGUAGUUCACCAGAAACCUGGAUUGCUGAUCCAAGUCCCCAGGUGGCCCUGGACCGUAGACAACACAUGGUGGAAGACGAGUUUCUUACAGAUUGAUGAGAAUGAGUUUGACUUCACCUUAACUAAUUAUAGCACGCAUUCAACGAACCUGAGUAAGUCCAAUUGCAAUGGUCUGGUUCUGGAAAGUAAGACUGAAGAAGGCACAUCAAUGCCAUGUGUCAAAAAUAUCUUAACUGGUUCUGUCUUAACUCUCCCCAGUUGCCCUUCUGGUUGUAGGCACGAGUACCUAACUUGUGGCUUUGCACUAGGAUUCAACCCUGGCACAAAGGAGUAUAAAGUGGUGCACGUAUAUGCUGAUUCCUAUGGGUUCGAGUUGUUCACCAUUGGUUCUGAUCAUAAAUGGAGAAGGAUUCCAGGGCCUUUCGGAGAUUUAAAUGAGAGACCUUUUGACGUGGAGCGGUUCAGUUGGAGUGACCCUGAGUCGAUCGGUGGGCAAGUUUUGCACUGGUUUGUUGAGUCUGACACAUAUAUAAUUUCCAUGGAUUUAAGCGAUGAAAAGUUGAGAAGAACAAAUCUUCCAGACGUGGGGAGGAGCAUCAUGAAGUAUGAAUAUGAUUUGGUGGAGAUGAACGGGGAGCUUUGUUUUGUGUAUAAAGUUUCCAAGUUCCAAAUUGAUUUUUGGGUUCUGAAAGAUUUCGACAGGCAGGUUUGGUCAAAGGAACAUAGUAUCAUUGCCAUGUCUACAAACUAUACACCAUGGCUAGCUUCUUCAGAACUCACCAAGAAAGACAAGGAUCAGUCACAUGGAGGAAAACAAAAAAAGGUUGAUGAUGCAUCACUAAAUAGAAAAGAAAAGAAAGCCAAGUUGCCCAAUUUUCUGAAACUAGAAGCUCUUGCUACUUUGCGAAAUGGUGAGGUGAUAGUGCUCAUGGACAAGCAAAACUCUAUCCAUGCAAAUAUCAUGUAUUUGUAUGAUCUCAAGCGUAAGGAGAUGAGGCAAUUCAGGAUUAAGAUGAAAAAGGGGACAGCAUUCCAACCCCACAGAAGCAGCCUUGUCAGUUUGGGAACUGAUCAGAUGGAGCUAUCUGCAGCAAUAAGCAAUAUUUCACUCUAG